GAUACGGUAACAAUUUUUAAACUCCGUAGAAAAAAACAUCAACUUUUAAGCCAAAAACGUUUUGAAAUUCGGACCUUAAAAUUAUGUCUAGUCGCAGUUCAGCUCGCAGUCGCAGUAGACCACGUUCCAAAACGCAGCGGGCGCGUACGCCGCCGCGUGUCGUAGUGGUAACGCCGUCCGCGCCGCAGCGACGCUCGACAUUCAAAGACGCGGCCGCAAUGGCUGGCGGCGUAGCUGUGGGAAGCGCUGCGGGCCACCUCGCAGGCGAGGCUAUAUCAGGCAUGCUCUCCGGCCGUCGACGGGAACAAGUCAUGGAGUCCCUGCCUCAGGACUAUCAACUGGGCACGGAACCCACCGGGCCCUGUGCCUAUGAGAUAUCCCAGUUCCUCUCCUGCGCCACCAAUAGAGACAACCUACAGGAGUGCGAGGCCUUCAACGAAGCUUUGAAAGAAUGUAAACGACGAAAUAGACUGCCUUAACCUCAGAACAGGAAUUCAAUAAAAUCAUAGCCAUCAUCGAACAACUAAUUGGAAUGGAUAGAAGGAAAAUUAUCAAA